AUGGAGGUUAAGAUGGCGGCUGGGGAGGAGUUGGAAAGGGUCACGUGCCUUUGUGCGUGUGGCACACGGAGUGCUGCUCCCACUCAUGCUGCUCCCCGCUCGUGCUGCUUCCCGCUCGUGCUGCUUCCCGCUCGUGCUGCUCCCAAUCGCGCCGCUCCCACUCGUGCUGAUCCCGCUCGUGCUGCUCCCGCUCGUGCUGCUCCCGCUCGUGCUGCUACCACUCAUGCUGCUCCCACUCUCGCUGCUCCUCCCACGUCGCCCGCCGCUGCUCCUCGCUCAACCCCGACCCACCCGCACGUGCACCUGGCACAGCUGAUGGCGCGCGUGGGGAUGGGUGGAGCGGGGAGCAGGGGUGAAAACAGGCGGAGAGGCACAGAGUGA